AUGGCAGCUGCAACGUCGGGAGCGGCGUUGACGGACGCGGCUGCGAACGCCGGCUCGUGGUCGAGCGUGCGACCGGGCCUGAGCAGUGCCACGCGUGUGCUUCUCGAGGAGCACCUCGGAUUCACGCAAAUGACGCCCGUGCAAGCCGCAGUGCUGCCGCUCUUCCUUGCCAACAAGGACGUGGCGGUCGAAGCUGUGACGGGCUCGGGCAAGACGCUCUCGUUCGUCGUGCCCAUCCUCGAAAUCCUGCUCGCCGCGCGCCGAUCGGACCGCGGAUCCAGCAGCAGCAAUGCCAUCAUGCCAUCAUGCAUGCGAGCAACAGCAGCAGCAGCAGCAGCAGCAGCAGCAGCAGCAAUCUACGACGUCCUCAACCUGUUCUGCGCUGCGGGUGCCGGUGCUGAAGACGGCGAGCAAGCGUCUGGCCUCGUCGCGCCAGGUGCAGGAGCUGCAGCGUCCAAGAGCACGAUGGACCUCGUGGACGAUUCAGAUUCAGAGUCUGAUUCAGAUUCAGUGGAUCAAGUGCAGGUGGAACAGCGCUUGCAGCUGCGACCGUGGCUCCUGAUAGGAGGCGGACAAGUGUCGGACGAUCUCCAGCAGCUGCGAACGAGCGGUGGAAACAUUAUUGUCGCGACACCCGGUCGCCUCGAAGACAUUCUGAAACGAAACAAGAUGACCAACGAUAUCAAUCUGCGAACGCUCGAAGUGCUCGUGCUGGACGAGGCGGAUCGGCUGCUGGACAUGGGCUUCCGAGCGUGUCUUACCAACAUUCUAUCCUACUUGCCAAAGCAGUGCAACCCAAACGGACGAGGGAAUCUCCAGCGAAUUCCUCUCUCUGCACAACCUCAGGUUGAAGAACUCGUGCGCGCAGGCUUGAGAAACCCCGUGCGCGUCACAGUCAAGGUACAAUCCGUCGCAUCGCAAGAGCAGCGAAGAACGCCCUCCACGCUACGGAACAUGUACAUGCUAUGCGAUAGCGAACACAAACUGUGGCGACUCGUCAUGCUGCUCCAGCGGCUGGGACAAGAGUGCAAGACUAUCGUGUACUUUGCGACAUGCGCUGGCGUCGAGUAUUAUUCACGCAUCUUCCCGCAUCUGCCCCAAUUCCGCAAGCAAGCAAACAUGCUCAACUGGUUUGCUCUCCAUGGGCACAUGACGGCCUCGAAGCGAAGCGUCGAAUACGCGCGGUUUAAAAACGCGCCAGUGGGCGUCCUGUUUUGCACGGACGUGGCUGCCCGUGGCCUCGACAUGCCUGACGUCGAUUGGGUGCUGCAGUAUGACCCUCCGCAAGAUCCAGAUGCGUUUGUGCAUCGCUGCGGCCGCACUGCACGCCUCGGCAAACGCGGCAGCGCACUCAUCUUUAUUCGACCGAAAGAGGACACGUAUGUGUCGUUCCUGGCAGUGCGCAAGAGUCCUGUCGAGGAGUUUGAUGGCCGGUUGGAUGUCAACGGCUCGAUCGAAGAGACGGAUGGCAACCAGAACAUUUUGCGCUUUGAGAGCUUUGCCCUCAAAGACCGGGCGACCCAAGGCAGCUUGGACUUGAUGGCCGCAAUUCGCGCGCUUGCCGUCAAAGAUCGCGACGUCUUUGAAAAAGGGCAGGUCGCGUUCGUGUCAUUUGUCCGAUCGUACAAGGAGCACAAGUGUUCGCUCGUCUUCCGCCUGAAAGAGCUGCACCUGGGUCGUGUUGCCGUGAGCUUUGGUCUCGUCGUGCUGCCGCGCAUGCCAGAGCUUCGUGGUGUCAAUGCCGACGGCUUUUUCGUCCCGCUCGCAGAUAUUCACCCGAACGACAUUCCGUUCGCAGACAAGGUGCGCGAGAAGGCGCGUCAAGCCAGACUCGCCACGCGUGCUGCUGAGCGCGCCGCUCAUCCCGAAAAGUUUGCCAAGGGCCCGAAAAAGGAGAGCGAGGCGUGGUCCAAGCAGAAGGCGCGCAAGGAUCGCAAAGAAAAGCGCCAAGAAACCAAGCGGCUUGUGCGCGAGCGAGAGUUGCUCAAGAACGGCAGCGAGUACGCGCUGUUGGCUGCGCACCAGCAAGGUUUGGAAGCAGACGCCGCCAGCGCUGCUGCCGAGGGCCAGCAACCCGACGAUGAUGAUGAUGAGGAAGAAGAGGAUGAGCUCGAAAAGGAGGCGCGCCUCAUGCGCAAAGUCAAAUCUGGCAAGCUGUCCAGCGCGCAGUUUGACAAGCGGAUGGGCUACAAGCGUACCUCUGCCUUCGCCGACAUGGUUGACGAAGGCGACGAAGACGCGCCUGUGAACGAUGACAGUGACGAUGAGGAUGACGAGGAGGACGAUCAAGACGACGAGCAGGAAGAGUCAGCUCCGCAGCGCGGAUCAAAGCGACCGAACAGCCACGACACCAAUCAGUUAGCUGCUGCGCGCAAAAAGCCACGAUCGGGCUUUUGA